UUCUGUUGCAAUGAUGAUGCUUUAUUCAUUGCAUGUACACGCCAAAUUACACGGGGUAUAAGUCAUUCGCUGUAUCUCGGUUCGUGGCGAGGCGACAGUCAUCUGACGAACUUUCAUACUCGUCCCAAACAUUUACCACCAUCAUUUCGGUGUCAAAUUCUAAGUCCUAGAUGCAUAAAUGGUUCUUUCCCUUCUUCUUCCUGCUUGCUCACUACCUCACCCCACAGAACCUAACGCCUACCCGCAACCGCAACCGCCAACGCACGAGGAUCAACAGCUGCUUGACUGCACAUUUUUCAGUUCAACUAUCAUCAACAUGUCCUACCCGUACAGUCGCCGCUCACAUAGCUCGCCUCGUGGGCCUUUCUUGUACGGUGAUUAUGAUGCGCGCGUUUUCGCCGAUCGCUUUGGUACUCCGCCUAGUUCACGACGAAAUUCUUCUCAUAGGAGAGCGUAUAACGGGAGUCUUGAGCCGCGACGUCGAUCUCCCUAUGUCCCCCGCCCCCAUUUUCCUAUCCCAAACGCAGGAUCUCCUCGAGACGCUCGCCCAAGCCAAGUGAACAACAAUCAGGAACCCAGCGCCGCCGACUCUGAUGCCAAUUUCGACGCUGAGGUUGCCUUCACAGAAUAUCUCUUCCUCCGGGUCGGAUGGACUGCCAACCAAAACGCGGGCCAUGGUCUGUCUCUUUCCGAUACUGCUCAAGACUCGUACUCUGCAACCGACACUCGGCACUUCCCAGAUCAUAUUCGCCAACAUCGUUGCUUCUGGGAAGCUAAGUUUGCUGCUGAUUCCAUUCGUGGUCAUCCUGCUGGCUACUCUCACGUCCAAUACAUUCGUGACAAGCUGCGUGGGCUCUGCACGGAGAUCGUGCAGUCUCGGAGAAACAUUAGUGAACAAGGCCGCCGUACUUCUACGUUGGACCGCCGACAUUCUUUCACCGAAGCACCGGUAGAUGAUCGUCAGCGUUGUCCUCGGCAUGCGGACUAUGCGCCUGGUAGUGGUCGUUGCACCUGUGGUACUCGCUCUGGAGCCGCUCGGCGUGGGUCUGUUGGUAGCGAUCGUCGUAGUCAAAGAACGCGAUUGCCUUCGACGCGUAGUAGGGGCUUAGAUACCAGCUGUGUGGCUAUGUAGGGUGUGUCUUAGUAGCCUUGGAUCGUGGGGGGUUUAAGGCCGCUUGACCAGGAGUGGGCUAGUUUCGUG